UUUUUUAUUUUUCAUUUUUAUUUAUUUCCCCUUCUCUUGAUUGUCUCUGAUUAUUUUAUAUGUUGAUUAGUAAGACAUCAUUACAUGAUUUUUAUUAUUUUUUCUAGAAUGUCUCAAAUAUUGUACUUAUUGUGUUUAAAAAGUAGAUUUCCUCUCAUUCGCCAUUGGUGUUCUAGCGUUUAUAUACUACAUUUCCCAUCAGCCCUUGGUUUAUUUAUGUUAAAUACAACGCGUCAUCAACGAUUUCUUCAGCCAAUGAGCUUCAAGGAUACUGGCGAGCCAGAAUGACCUUUAUUGGAGCAUUUUCCAGCCACUGGUCGCUGCUGAAGCGACUCUCACUCUUCGGUGAAACUCAUGUCCUCCUGGCGAAGCGCGCGAGCGGGCUUCUAGGGGCUUUUGGCGGUCGGAAUACCCCGCGGGCUCGGGCAGCUGGGCAGGAUGGGGGCAAACGGGAGCUCGGCGAGGAACGUGUCUUUCGGUUUGGAUGACGACAAGAAGGUCACGGUUAUUGAAGGAGUCCGGCUGUCAGGAGACGUUCUCCGCAGGAUGAGAGAAGCUCAGGAGUCUGGGAAGCCCAAACCGUCCACGGGUCCACCUGAAGGUCACAAACCAGAAGCAAAACCAGAAGGAGUUUCCACUAAAGAGGCACAGGAGGAGAUGCGCAAAAACUUUGAGCAUCAGCAGGCUUUGGUGCAGGAGCAGCUGGCCAAACUGGCCCAGAGGGAGAAGGAGAUCUCCGCCGCCGCGGGGCUGAAGGAUUCCAGCGCCGCUGCCAUCAUGGAGAGGGGGAGGGCUCAUCACGAGCAAGAAAAAGCCAAGAUGCUGCCAGCAGAUUUGGAUGCAUGGGGCAAACAGUUGGAGAGAAAGGAGGCGGAGCUCGCCACGUUGUCCACCUUUUAUAAGGAGCAAUUAGAAAUCCUGGAGAAGAAGAGUUUUGAAGAAGCACCAACAGCGCCAACAGUGCGCUCCUCUCCUCCCCCCCUAACCCAGAUGGGCAGCGACAGAACUUGGACCACUACAAGCAGACGGCUGAAGAGUACAACCAGGCAGCUAGUAGAGCUGAAGCUCACUUACGACCCCGGAGGACUGAAGCUUUCUGCACUGACCUGCAGGCCAAGGUGCUCCAGUGCUACAGAGAAAACCCCCAGCAGACUCUGCUCUGCUCCAGCCUGGCCAAACAAUACAUGAGCUGCGUUCAACAAGCUAAGAGCUCCUUGACGAAUCACGGCUGAGGAGCCCAAAGAACGCAGCAACAGAGGAUGGCAUGAAGAAGAGCCUCGCCUUUUUUUUUCUUCCUUCCUUUUGCGUCUGCAUCUGUCCGUCGGUCCGUUUAUCAGCCUCUGACUGACCCCCUCCACUUCGGAUUCCAGUUCCUGACACCUCCCUGUAAAGCGUACGACGUGUUGAUUUAUUGUCAAGUUGAGGCAGCGCUCCCCUGCUGCCAUUGAAAAUAAAUUCCAAUUAUUCAGUGA